AGGCAGAAGACAUAAAGUCAAGAUGGAGUCUCAACCUUCGUCCAAAGCGUUGCACAACCGCAUCAACACCAGCAUCUCCCAACUCCUCCAGCGAUACGAGAACAUCAUGGCCACAGCUACAGCCGAAAACACAAGCCACACAUCCACCGCCAUCGAGACCUUCCAACUCGAUGUUGAGUCUACAGCGCUGGUCCGCGCCGCAGAAGACAUCCUCGCUUUAACACGCACCAUGAAAGAAGCCUGGCUCUUUGGGAAGCUCGACACACUUGGCGAGGACGAAGCCGACGUGAAGCGCAGGGAGGAGCUUGAGCGGAAUGCCGUUGCGAUUCAGAAGGCUAUUGCGGAUAGUGGGGUGUUGAAGCCGGAGGGGGGAGAUAGUGCGGGGCAGUGAAAUUUUUUUCUUUUGUCUUUUUUUGUUCUUGUGAGAAAGGCCCCUGGUUCUUGCGUUGGAAGUCUCAUAGAUGGUUGGUGAGCUUUUGUUAGGAGUUAUUGGGUUGGUGUUGGUAUGUGGCGUUUAAAAUGGCAUUGUUCAUGGGAUAUAGUAUAGAUACCCGAUAUGGAUAAAUCUGAUACAAUAUAG